UCAAGUUACGCAACUUCCGCAGAACUCGUGUGUCCGAAUAGUAUCUCGUGGUCUCUCGUGGGUGUCUCAUCGGAGUUAGGAGCGGUUAGGAAGUUUGUCCGGGUUUGCCCGUAAUAACGAGGGCCAGAUUCAAGAUAACCCGUAGUGUCAUCGCUUCAAUUUAAUCUCCGCAUGCUUUCGUCGCGUCAAUAAAAGAUUCGCAAUUAUCGCCGCCGUCGACAUCAUUGUGCCGGUGUCCUAUCGGAUCCACUUUUAUACGCGAAACCGUUAUUCCCGGCCCAAGAGAUGACGAACGACGUAGCUGGCAGCAGUCCGCUGCCAAAGUGGCAACUUGCCCUGGUAGUUGGGGCACCGGUCGCUCUUGGUCUCGGCUAUAUAUAUUACAGAAACAAAAACAGCAGCAGCAGCAGUAGUAGCACCGAUAAACCGAGUCGCGGCAAGAUCAAAGGCAACACAACGGCGACCAAAGAAAAUCGUUUACCUGAGCAAAUUUCUGGUGAUUCAGAUUUCGAUGGUGAAUGCCUACCUAUCAAACCACAGACGCCUUUACAAAUUGCACAAACACACAAAAAUACAGGAAAUGUACAAUUUAAAGCAAGGAACUAUGAAGGUGCUUUAUAUCAUUAUAAUAAAGCAAUUGAAAUUUGUCCGAAAGAAAAUGCAAAUGAACUUGCAACUUUUUAUCAAAAUCGUGCAGCUACCUAUGAACAAUUGAAAAUAUACGAUGCUGUAAAAUUUGAUUGUACAAAGGCAUUAGAAUUAAAUCCAAAGUAUGCAAAAGCUUUGUUACGUCGGGGACGUGUUUUAGAGCAAAUGGGGGAGUUGGAAGCUGCAUUGGAUGAUGUCACUACUGCAUGUAUAUUUGAAGCCUUUUCUAAUCAAACAACUCUUUCAGUGGCAGAUAAAAUCUUACAACAACUCGGGAAAAAACAUGCACAGGAAAAUUUAGCAAAUAAAAAGUUUAUAAUGCCGAGUAAACAUGUCAUAAAGAAUUUUAUGACAUCGUUUCCUAAUGAUCCAAUAACUUUAAAAUUAAAGGAUCCAAAAGAUACUCCGCAAUUUCUCAAGGAACUAUUACAAGUUGUAAAAGAUGAGAAGUAUGACGAUGUGAUACCGCUGUGCACUAAAAUCAUCGAAAGUCCUGAAUUUAGUGAAUUACCUUCGUCUAAAACUGAGGUCCUACUUUUACGAGCUACGUUUUAUCUUCUUUUGGGUAAACAGCACGCUUCUAUGCAAGAUAUAGAAACUAUAUUAAACAACGAAGACGUAUCCAAAAACGUAAAAGUAAGCGCCUUAAUAAAGAGGGCGACUUUACACAUGCAACUUGAUAAUCCAGAAAUGGCUUUCAAUGAUUUCAACCUAGCUCUUAAUGCGUAUCCAACUUGCGGUGAUAUCUAUCAUCACAGAGGACAGAUUAAUUUGCUUGUAAAUAAAUUGGAGGAUGCUAAGAAAGAUUUUACAGAAGCGAUGUAUUUCAAUCCACAAUUUGGUGUAUCGCACGUGCAAAAAUGUUAUACAGAUUAUCGUCUUGCAAUUCUCAACAGAGAGGUAGAACUAGCCGAACAGGCUUUAAAAGAUUACAUGAAAAUUUUCGAUAAAUUCCCGGAUCUUCCUGAAUGUUAUAUGUUGUAUGCUGAGAUGAUGACUGAAACCGAACAAUUCGAUAAAGCAGAUACAUACUUUGCGAAAGCAAUAGAGAAGGAUCCAGAUAAUGCAAUUAUUUAUGUACACAGAGCUUUAUUACAAUUGCAAUGGACUGGUAAUAUCGAGCUAGUUGUAAAAUAUAUUAAUAAAGCGUUAGAACUGGACGAGAAAUGCGAGCUUGCAUAUGAAUCAUUAGGAAGUCUUGAAGUUCAAAGUGGAAACUUAGAAAGAGGAAUAAUGUUGUUUGAAAAGGCUUUGGAAUACUGCCGUACAACCAUGGAGCUCACACAUGUAUACAGCUUGAGAGAUGCUGCAAAAACACAACUUAACAUAAAAAAUAGAUUAGGCGACAGCAUACGUGAUCUGUUUCAGGCACCAGCUUCAGGUUUCAUGCCCUUAUCUUAAGCCAUCGAUAAGUUAAUAAAGAAGUACGUAUUGUUAUCAAAUCUAAACAAUCAAAUUUUGUUAGUUGACCUUUAAUGUCAUACAGGGUAUCCAAAUCUGAUUACGCUUAGAUCUUAUUUCACUUUGAAAGAUUAUGUGUAAUUGUUGUACAACAAUUCUUUAUUCCUAAUCGCAUUUAUUUGAUCUCUGAUUUAGGCAAAUCAGAAGUGAAUGUUAAUUAUAGAUUAUCACAGUUUUAAACAAUUUCUCAUUAACUGAGAUUUAUAGAAAACUUUUUUUAGAAGCCAUGU